AUGCCGCCGCCUCCGACUCCAGCGACGAGGCCUGCACCGACGCUGCCGGACGAGCUUAUCGAGGAGGUCUUCCUCCGCCUCCCACCGGACGAGCCCUCGAGCCUCGUGCGUGCCUCCCUGGCCAGCAGUUUUUGGCUCAGCCUCCUCACCGGAACUAGCUUCUCCGUUCGCUACCGAGAGUUCCAUGAUGCUCCCCCCAUGUUGGGCUUCUUUUAUUCCUGGCUCCACGACGACCGCCCCGACGACGAAGGAGAUCCCCCCGUCCAACGGUUUGCCUUCACCACGAAAUUCGGCGCACGCAUUCCCGAGGUUGAGGAAUGGGACGACUAUGAAGCAUUGGACUGCCGCCAUGGCCGCGUUCUCUUUGAAAACCCCUUUGGGUGUCCCGCCCCGCUCUUCGUUUGGGACCCCAUGACAGGCUGCACGAGAUACUUGGAGAAGCCCGAUGGAUGCUGGGGCGAUGGGGCCACAGUGGUCUGUGCCGUGAGCGGCUGUGACCACCGCUUGUGUGACGGGGGGCCCGUCCGUGUGGUCUUUUUCAUGACCGGUGAUGGUGAUGGUUGUGUUGCGCACGUGUCUGUCGCGUUGCUGGAGAUGGAUGAUGCAUGGAGCGAGAGCUCUGAUCUUGAUCUUGAGCUUGAGUGGACCCUGAGCCCUGGUCUUGAACUUGAAGCUACGCAUGCAUUCAUUCCGGAAAUAAUGCCCCCUGUCCUCAUCGAAGACGCACUCUACUUCAUGCUUUCCAUUGUUGAUGGUGUUUGUGAUAUGGCUAUUCUAAAGUACGACAUGGCCUCUGAUAGCUUGUCAUUGAUUGAUCUACCGGACGUGCGCUCUAAUGGCUUACCACUCAAAGACCAUUCCUUUAUCCCCAUGGCUAUGGGGGAUGGCAAUUUGGGGUUUGCACAAGUGGAUGGCUUAACACUCAACCUAUGGUCAAGCUCAAUCCACACGGGUGCCGAGGGCCUUGCGUCAUGGACUCAGCAUAUAAUUGUCGAUCUCAAGAACCUUCUCCCUAUUCAGAAUCCCGAGAAAAGUCUUAGGCUGAUUGGAUCCGUGGAAGGCAGUGAUAUAAUUUUCAUCACUACAGACCUUGGCAUCUACCAGAUUAGUCUCAAGUCCCUCAGGUGGAAGAAGCUAUGGAAGAGCGAGAAGUUUAGUGCUUUGAUUCCGUACAUGAGUUUCUACAAUCCACAAGAGAGGAUCAACCCCUAUGAUGAAGCUCAUUGA